AUGCAGGCAGGCUUGGUCAUUGAUAUCUGGAACGAGCCGGAGGGGGGCUGUUUCUGGGGCCGAAGCAUUGACCAGUGGCUUCAGAUGUGGGGUCGCGGCUGGCAUCAAUUCAAUGAUGCCUUCGGGGACAGCGUGUUGACAUCCGGACCAACUCUUGCAGGCGAGCCGGGAACAAACGAUGACUGGUGGACCCAAUGGGCCAAAUUCGUCAAGAACAACGACUCCAUCCCCGACCAAUACGCAUGGCACGAGGAAGGAGGCUCAGGUUCCAACUUCGAGAACAGCUAUGGCGUCCUGCAACAAAUUCUCACUAAAUACGGUCUUCCCCAACGCCAAAUCAACAUCAACGAAUACGCUACGUUCAAUGAACAAGUCCCCGCCGGAUCUGCCUUCUGGAUCUCCCAGUUCGAGCGCCGUAAUGCUAUCGGUCUUCGCGGCAAUUGGCUCGGAGGCACUCAACUUCACGAUCUGGCCGCUAGUCUUCUGUCCAAGCCUGACCCCUCGGACUACACUUCCACGGGAUACUUUGCCAAUGGAGACUGGUGGGUGUAUAACUACUACUCUCACAACAUGACGGGACAGCGCGUUUCGACUUCGGUGUCUUCUGAUGGAAGGCUGGAUGCUUAUGCAACGGUGGAUACUACGGCGCGCACGGCUAGAGUAUUGCUUGGCUGCCAUCCGCCUACGACUGGUACCUAUGAUGUGACAUUCUCUGGUCUGACAAAGUUGGGUCUGCCAUCUUCUGGAACACUUCAGGUUAGGACUUGGAAGUUUGCUGUGGGCAGUGAUGUGCAUUACAGCCAGGUGGGUUCUCCUCAGGAUCUGGGUAACUAUGGUCACACUAUUAGCAACGGUCAGGUUACCUUGCCGUUCUAUCAGACUGAUGAUGUGACUACAUACGCAUGGGAGUUCAAAUUCUAG